AUCACCGCUCAACCCUUUCAAAAGUCAUACAAAUACUCCUCUUCACCACCUAUACUCCCUCUCUCACUUCCCUUCACCCACUUCCUUGCCUUUGACACGCCAUGUGUGGCAUCUUCACUUACUGCAACUUCCUCGUCGAGAAGGACCGCAGGGCGAUCUGCGACAUCCUUGUCAAUGCCCUCCAGCGUCUGGAGUACCGUGGCUACGACAGCGCAGGUAUUGGCAUUGACGGCGACCACGAGGGUGAGGUCCUCCUCUUCAAGCAGGUCGGCAAGGUUGCUGCUCUUCGCCAGCUCAUCGAUUCUUCCAACGUCGAUUUCACCAAGACCUUCUUUGCCCAAUGCUCCAUCGCCCACACCCGUUGGGCAACGCACGGUCAACCUUCCCCCAUUAACUGCCACCCUCUCCGCUCUGACAAGAACAAUGAGUUCAUCGUCGUUCACAACGGUAUCGUGACAAACUCGCCCGAACUGCGUCAAGUCCUCCAGAAGCGUGGUUAUGUCUUCGAGUCCGAGACCGAUACCGAGGCUGUCGCUGUCCUCUGCAAGUAUAUCUGGGAUUCGCAGCCAUCUCAACGCCUUACCUUCACCACCCUCGUUAAGGCCGUGAUCAAAGAGCUCGAGGGUUCCUUCGCUUUCGUAUUCAAGUCCAUCCACUUCCCCAACGAGGUCGUCACAGCUCGUCGCGGUUCUCCCCUGCUAAUCGGUGUCAAGACCGAUAAGAAGCUGAAAGUUGACUUCGUCGAUGUUGAGCUCACACAGGAUCAAGAGAAAUUCGGCAGCACCGCUGCUACUGCUACACCCGUCGCCCCAACCGCCAAUGGCAUGCUUGCACCACCCACGAUGGCGCAGUCCAAGAUUGAACGUCAGCAAUCGCGUGCCUUCCUUUCGGACGAUGGCAUGCCUCAGCCCAUUGAGUUCUUCAUCGCGUCCGAUGCCUCUGCCGUCAUCGAACACACGAAGCGCGUACUUUACCUCGAGGAUGAUGACAUUGCCCACAUUGCGGAGGGCGAACUCCACAUCCACCGCCUACGUAGGGAUGACAAUAUUUCUGCAGUGCGCGCCAUCGAGACACUGGAGAUUGAACUGGCAGAAAUCAUGAAGGGCAAGUUCGAUCACUUCAUGCAGAAAGAGAUUUACGAGCAACCCGAAUCCGUUGUCAACACCAUGAGAGGCCGCGUCAAUUUCGACACACGCAAAAUUACCUUGGGUGGCCUUAGAAGCUACCUGAACGUCAUCCGGCGAUGCAGACGCAUUGUAUUCUGCGCUUGCGGUACUAGCUACCAUUCUUGCAUUGCCACUCGUGCGAUAUUCGAGGAAUUGACCGAAAUUCCUGUUUCCGUGGAGCUGGCUUCCGACUUCCUCGACCGCAAGACACCUAUCUUCCGUGAUGAUGUCUGCGUCUUCGUAUCCCAGUCUGGCGAAACCGCAGAUACUAUUCUUGCCAUGAGGUAUUGUUUGGAACGUGGUGCAUUAUGCGUUGGUGUCGUCAACACCGUUGGGUCGACAAUUUCUCGCGAGAGCCACUGUGGUAUCCACAUCAAUGCUGGCCCUGAAAUUGGUGUCGCCUCCACCAAGGCAUACACCUCCCAGUAUAUCGCUCUCAUCAUGAUGGCCAUCCAGCUCUCCGAGGACCGGAUUUCCCUCACCCAGCGCCGCAACCAGAUCAUCGAUGGUUUGCAUGAGCUUCCUGGCCAAAUCCAGAAGGUUCUGGCAAGCGACCAUUUGCUGCAGGUGUUCGCCAAGGAGACGCUCGCAAAUUCGCGAAGUCUGUUGAUCAUGGGUAGGGGCUUCCAGUAUGCGACUUGCCUUGAAGGUGCUCUGAAGAUUAAGGAGAUCAGCUAUAUGCAUAGCGAGGGUAUUCUCGCUGGUGAACUCAAGCACGGUCCACUGGCACUGAUUGACGAAAAUAUGCCGGUCAUCAUCAUCAUGACUCGUGACUCCCUCUACCCGAAGGUUCAGUCUGCCCUUGCUCAGGUCACAGCACGGAAAGGUCAACCCAUUAUCAUCUGUAAUGACGAUGACGAUAGCAUCAACCCGAAGAUGAAGACCAUCCGGGUCCCUCGCACAGUGGAUUGCCUCCAGGGUCUGUUGAACAUAAUUCCUCUGCAGCUCCUUUCUUAUCACCUCGCAAUUCUGAAUGGCUUCGACGUCGAUUUCCCAAGGAACUUGGCAAAGUCGGUCACGACCGAGUAAUGUCCCUUUUCUGCUCAGAGACUUUCCCCUUUUUUGCUUUUGCUGCCAGCUGCGGACCUAAUGCUAUUUCCUCUGUUCUGUGUUAUUCUGCAUAUGGAUGUGAUUCGUACAUUGUUAGAUGAUCCGGACAAUACAACGCGCACAUCAAAUGAAAUGCGUAAAGCCAUGUU